GUCGUCUUAUAUAAGAACCUGUAAGGACUUCCAUUCCAUUCGUUCUUUCAGUUUGAAGGAAACAGUCAUUUAGGAGAGACUCUAACAUUAGAUCCUGGAGGACAGAGAAGGGUUGACUGCACGCAUUAUAAGAACCAUGUUUCACAUCCAAGGACAACGUAGUUGGAAACUCCUGCCGUGUAUUUUGUUAUCAUUGAUCGUAGGCGUUGUGACGGGGCAGCGCAGCGCCAGCAGCAAAAGUGAUUGUUCUAAAAAUGAAUACUGGAGCGACGGGCUCUGCUGUGACAAAUGUGCUCCAGGGUAUAAAUUCGUAAGAAAAUGCACUAGUGACUUGUCAUCGCAAUGUGAGAAAUGUUCGAAUGGGACAUACCUAGACAAGAUGAACUAUUUCCCAAACUGCUUCAGAUGCGAUAAAUGCACCAAGCCAAGUAAAUGCGGUGGUGAUUUCACCAUGUACACCCCAAAAUAACACCGUGUGUGGAUGUCAGUCUGGAUACCGCAAAAAGUUCUUUGAUAGCAUUUCAUGGGAGUGUGUGCCCUGUAAACGCAAACAAAAAGGCAGGAAAGCCUUAAUUUUUUCCUCAGAAAUUAUGUGAAGUUUAGCCUGAAGUAUGACCGAAGAACACAGCUCUGCCUCCAGCAUGAACAAAUACCUCAGACAAAAAUGUCAGAAUAUAUGGAAUCUACUUUCCCUUUAUUUUCAGCUGAAUUAAGAUGUAGCCUUAUAAAGCACAAUGUAUUAUAUUUGAUACAUGAGUUUCUAAAUGAUUAACAUGGUCAAAAGUUGGGUGAAAACCUGUUGUACACAAUCUACUACUGUGUUCCUCUUGACUGGUAGUUCAUGCUUUUUAUUAUUAAGUAAAAGGCCUUUUAGUAUAAUUAUAAAAGUAUCCACCUUCAGGUCAUGGUACAUCUAUCUAAUAACUUUUAUAAUGUUCGUAAAAUAUUUCAAGAUGAACAUUUGCUGGACUGAAGAAACAACAAUUUGUAGGUUUAUCUAAUUAUUCAUACAUA